AGCCGCCAACCUUUACUACUAAAAUAAUACUUCCCAGCUUAUUUAAAUCUCCACCUAACUCUACUGAUUGAUAUAGGGACCUCAUGCUUUCUAUGCGUAAUCUUAUAAGGUCCAAUGAAAAUUUAAUGAUUUAGGAAGUGUAUUGGAAAUGGGGUUUCCUUAUUCUCUUCAUCUUCUCUUUCUUUCAUGGUUUCUUUUUGCUCAUUUGUUCUGUUUCUUAGCUAUUGCACAAAGAUCCACUUAUAUUGUCCAUUUGGACAAAUCUUUAAUGCCUAAUGUCUUUGCUGAUCACCAUCAUUGGCAUACUUCCACUAUUGAUUCCAUCAAAGCUUCUGUUCCUUCAUCAGUCGACAGAUUCCACUCUGCUCCAAAACUUGUUUACUCCUAUGACAAUGUGUUUCAUGGAUUCAGUGCUGUUUUGUCCCAAAAUGAGCUGAAAGCUUUGAAAAAGUUACCAGGUUUCAUUUCAGCUUACAAAGAUAGAACUGUGGAACCAGACACUACCUACACAUCUGAUUUCCUCAAGCUCAAUCCUUCAUCUGGGCUAUGGCCAGCUUCUGGUUUAGGCCAAGAUGUUAUCGUUGGUGUUCUUGACAGUGGAAUAUGGCCAGAAUCUGUGAGUUUCCAAGAUGAUGGUAUGCCAGAAAUCCCCAAAAGGUGGAAGGGAAUUUGCAGGCCCGGCACACAGUUUAAUACUUCAAUGUGCAACAAAAAACUCAUCGGAGCCAAUUACUUCAAUAAGGGAAUUUUGGCUAAUGAUCCCACUGUGAACAUUUCCAUGAAUUCUGCCAGGGAUACUAGUGGUCAUGGCUCACACUGCGCUUCCAUUGCUGCUGGGAACUUUGCGAAAGGUGUUUCCCAUUUUGGAUAUGCACCAGGAACAGCGAGAGGGGUUGCUCCACGUGCUAGGAUAGCUGUGUACAAGUUCAGCUUUAGUGAAGGAACUUUUACAUCAGAUUUAAUUGCUGCUAUGGACCAAGCUGUUGCGGAUGGCGUUGACAUGAUAUCCAUUUCUUUUGGUUACCGUUUCAUUCCCUUGUAUGAAGAUGCUAUAUCAAUUGCUUCUUUUGGAGCUAUGUUGAAGGGGGUAUUGGUUUCAGCUUCAGCUGGAAAUCGAGGUCCAAGCGUCGGAAGUUUAGGCAAUGGAUCUCCAUGGAUCUUGUGCGUGGCAGCAGGCCACACUGACAGGAGAUUUGCAGGAACUUUGACUUUGGGCAAUGGGUUAAGAAUUAGGGGGUGGAGCGUGUUUCCUGCAAGAGCCUUUGUCAGGGAUUCACCGGUUAUUUACAACAAGACUCUAUCCGAUUGCAACUCAGAAGAAUUGUUAUCGCAAGUUCCUGAUCCCGAACGCACCAUCGUCAUCUGUGAUUAUAAUGCAGAUGAAAAUGGUUUUGGUUUCUCUUUCCAAAUUUCUAACAUCAAUCGAGCAAGACUUAAAGCAGGCAUUUUUAUUUCUGAGGAUCCAGGAGUGUUCACGUCCUCCACUUUUUCCUACCCGGGAGUUGUGAUUGACAAAAAGAAAGGGAAACAAGUCAUCAAUUACGUUAAGAACAGUGUUUCUCCCACUGCCACCAUAACGUUCCAAGAAACGUAUAUGGAUGGAGAAAGGGCAGCCCCAGUUCUUGCUGGAUUCUCAGCACGAGGGCCCUCCAGAAGCUACUUGGGAAUCGCAAAGCCGGAUAUUUUGGCACCAGGGGUACUGAUUCUUGCAGCAUUUCCACCUAAUCUCUUUUCAGACAGUAUUCAGAACAUAGAAUUAUCCUCUGAUUACGAACUUAAAUCAGGUACAUCAAUGGCUGCUCCUCAUGCAGCUGGAAUUGCAGCAAUGCUAAAAGGUGCACAUCCUGAAUGGAGUCCUUCAGCUAUUCGCUCCGCCAUGAUGACCACAGCAAACCAUUUGGAUAGUACUCAAAAGCCUAUUAGAGAGGACGAUAACAUGGUUGCCACACCACUAGACAUGGGAGCAGGGCAUGUUGACCCAAACAGAGCUCUUGAUCCCGGCCUAGUAUAUGAUGCUACUCCGCAAGAUUACAUAAAUCUUAUAUGCUCUAUGAAUUUCACCGAAAAUCAGUUCAAAACAUUUGCAAGAUCAUCAGCCAAUUUCCACAACUGCUCAAAUCCAUCAGCUGAUCUCAAUUACCCAUCAUUCAUCGCCUUGUACCCAUUCAGCUUGGAGGCUAACUUCACCUGGCUGGAGCAGAAAUUCAGGAGGACCCUUACAAAUGUUGGUAAAGGUGGAGCAACUUAUAAAGUGAAGAUAGAGACACCGAAGAAUUCCACUGUUUCAGUGUCUCCACAAACUCUGGUGUUCAAGGGGAAAAAUGAUAAGCAAAGCUAUAGUUUGUCAAUUCGGUAUAGAGGUGAUAGUGAUCAGAGUAGGAACGUUGGGUCGAUCACUUGGGUUGAAGAAAAUGGCAACCACUCAGUUAGAAGUCCUAUAGUAACAUGUCCCGUUAUUGAGGUCUGGGGAAGCGACGACUAGGGCCAUGAGAUUAUUGAGCUGGAAGUAUAAAAUACAAGACUAAGGGGAAAUAAGAGGGAAAUUGUAUACGUAUGUAAUGUUUACUGAAUGAAAAGCUAUUGUCCUAUUACAAAGACAUUGGAAUAAAUAGAAACAACUUUGCGCCUAAAAAUGCCCCAACAUUAUCGUAGACUAGGGGUUUAAGUUUUUUAUUUUGAUCAAGUAUCUGAAUGAAACUCCAUGAAGUAUAAGGACCAGAAUAACUAAUCGGAACAAGUACAUAGAUCUUCCAAGUCAUUUCGACAAAAAUAAAAAUUUGUUGAUGUGGAGAA